AGGGAGAAGUCGUUUUAUGGAAUCCAUCAGGUGAACAAUACGCAAUCCUGACAACACACGAAAUCGAAUUAUACGACACUUCGACCGCCCAAGUCUCGCAGAGAUUCCAACCUGGAAAUUCACGGUACCUAUGUAUGCAGUACCAUACCCAUGAAAAUAUGGGAGAUCUGCUAAUUACAGGAUGCGAGGAUAAGACCGUGAGGAUAUACGAUGUCAAACGGGGAGAUUGUAUCGCGAAAUUGUCGGGACAUAAGAAUCGAGUCAAGGGCUUGUCCGUAAUUCGCUCGCUGCCACCUAACCGUUCAAACCCUGUCGCACUUUUAGCAUCCAUUUCUUCGGAUGGAGCUAUUAACAUCUGGAUCUUGGAUGAAAUUUUGGCGACUAAGGGUCAGACGGAAUCUGUUAUUACAGAACCCCUAAUAUCGUAUGAUACCAAGAGCAGGCUAAUUUGUGUAACGUGUUACGAAGACCUUGGUCAAAAAUUACGUUAG